AGCUUUAAUACAAAAUUCAUACUUCAUCGCCAGAAAUUACGACGUCAUCUGUUGUCUCUAUGUGCAGAUCAUCACAUUAUAUAUAGUCGGGGUUUGAUGCGGAAUUUGUUACUACAUCAACACAGCCAUCAAUUUCGAUUGUUAACUCACUCUCCAACCUCACACACUCAACCAUCAAGAUGAGCAAUUUCGUCAAAAAAGUUGAAGAUGCCCUCACAGGCAAUCACCACAAUUCCGCUAGCUCUACAAACCAUGGCCCUCACAGCUCUAACCUAGCGAAUAAGCUCGACCCUCGCGUCGACAGCGACCACGAUAACCGCGCUCGUCACCAGGCCAUGGGAGGCACUGCUGGUCCGCAUGCUACCAAUGUCGCCAACAAGGUCGACCCCCUCGUUGACAGCGAUUUGGAUAACCGAGGCACCCACGCCAGCGAUGUGGGUGGCUACGGCGCCGGAACGAUGGGCACCCAUGACCGGACUACCGCACCCCAUACUUCCAAUGUCGCCAAUACGCUCGACCCUCGUGUUGAUUCCAGUGUGGGCAACCAGCCUCAUUACGGUCACACAGGAACUGCCGGCGGUCUGAACACCGGAUCGACUACCACCACUGGCCCUCACAGCUCCAACAUUGCCAAUAAGCUGGACCCUCGCGUCGACUCUGAUAUGGACAACCGGGCUCGCCAUAACGCCAUGGCAGGAAGCAGCUACGGGAACCCGCAAUCCGGUGCGACUGCGGGCCCUCAUUCCAGCAACAUUGCCAACAAGUUGGAUCCCCGUGUGGACUCUGAUCUUGAUAACCGAAACACCGGAUAUCAGCGCACUAUUUAAAUUGGCGGGCAUGCUUUUCUUUGCGACACCAAUGAUGUACUUAAUUUGUUGCUUUAGAUGACGUUACGAUAUUUCCAGGCGAUGAAUCCUCUCCUCUCGCUUUGUGGCUACUCAAUGAACUCAAUUCACCCAAGUUAAG